AUGGGCAAGCAGAGCAGGUUAAAGAGAAAGUCUACAACUGAUUUUGAUGUUUCUGCGAAAAGGACCUUCUCACGCUUAGUGUUGAUAAGCAAUUUCAGAGGGUGUGCGGAUGGGAAAGAGAGAUUUUCUCCUGUUUUAAUUAAAAAAAAUAAAAAGAAAACGGAGCCCAGCAGCCUGGCCCAAGGGUUUCAGCAGAAACUUUUAGGGGUUCUUUCCUUCCUAUCCCAUUUCAUCACUUGCCAGAAAACCCAUCAGGGUCUAUUUCGAGAAAGAAGAAGGAAACCUUCCUCCUCCACGAUUCACGCGCAUGCGGCUCCGCCAGCCUCCGUUCGAACGGCCACCACGAGAGACCUUCCUACAGGGCUGAAACAUCGCCGGCGACGCGCCACUAGGGCCGCCGCUGUCUUCGGCCUCGGAUCCCCUUCAUCUUCCUUGCCCCUUUUCCCGUGCAAGGGAAGAGCUCGCCUUCCACCUUGCAUCGUCGCCGUCGCUCAGACCGCGAACCAAAGUCGCGCUGGCGAUGCAUCUCACCGCCGAAGCCGUCGCCGCUCGCCCCCAGACGUCGCCGUCGACACCCAUCAACAACAGGACCUGUCCGCGCGUGAGAGAGAAAAACCGUUCCUCCUCUGUGACAAACUUCCACCACCACGGGCGAAACCGGCUACCGUCGACAAAGUUGGCCACCGCUGUCUUCGCCGGAAUUCGCUUCAUCACCGGCGCCUUCAGCGCUGCUUUCCUUCCUCUCCAUUCGAGGGUGAAACAUGGUCCUAAGAUUAAAAAAGGGCGGAUUGGUUUCAUUCUCAGGUGUUUUCUGGAUAGUGUAGGUUGAAGAGAUGCGCUUGGAGAAGGGUAUAGCACCGUGGAAGACCAUAAUAGGCCAAGAAGAUGGUGCCAGUCAGAACAAGAAAAAGAUGAUGAAUUUAGAUUUUUGCUUUGGCUGGCUUACUGGUAAACAGUUGAACAAAUUCUAUGAAUGUAUCCGAUGGGAGUUGGGGAAAGGGCUAAAUAAUGGUCAAGGAGGACAUGUGCUCUCGGCAUGGUAUUUGUAUCAGCAACAGGAAGGAGAUACAUACAUGAUCACAGCGAACAAGGAUAUAGAGUGAAACCAGAACCAGAAACAUAAAUCAUCUAAUACAGGCAAAAUGACGGCAGUCUACAACCCAAUAACAUGAACAUUUAAGCAUGUGGAUAAUGAAAGUUUUUUAGACUGGGAGCUUACCUCUUGCCCGUAUAUCCUCUCCUCUCUGUAAUUUCUAGCAAAUAUGAGAGGAGUCAAGAAAUCUUUCCUAAGCGGUGAUGGUCGGGUGUUCAAGGUGAGUCUCCAAUGCUCAAGCUGCAAUGGAGAGGUGUUAGAGGUGAGUGAUCGAUGAUGGUUAUGGCGAUGGGUGAAUAUGAGUUGUUAGUAUUGACAGAGAAAUGAGGAGAAGAGUUAGAAUGAUGGUGGAGGUGAAUGAUUGGGAGUGAAAGGGCAAUGUGGUUGGGUGUUGGAGGUUUUUUUUUUUGAAUCUGUAUAUGUGAAUGGAGGAAGUGGAUUCUGUUGAGCAGAGUGAAUGGUGAUGUUGAGAGUUUUUUCAAUACUCAGACUGCCCUCUCAUAACUUGGAGAUGCGUUUUUGUUUUUUUUUUUUUUUUUUUUCUCUCUCUCAGCCAAAGGCGACUGAAAUCACUCUGCCGCUCUUCCACUAUCUUUCAUGCUCGCACGCUACAGUGUGGAAUGGUUGUUUUGUGCACCCAGCCAAGUCACCCUACUGCUGUAUUUCCUCUUUCAAGUGAGCCAGCUAAAGAUCGUAGGUGCAUGCAUGGCACAACAACCAAAGAUUUGCACCAAAAGGAGAUAGGGCGUGAAAAAACGAAAAGGAAAGCAGAGUUGCUUUUGUGAUUUUUUCUCUUUUUUUUUUCUUUUUUUUUCUUUUCUUUUUAGAUUUUUUUUUGUUUUGUUUUCUACAACUUUCAACAUAAAAAAU